AUGGGGAAUACCAGCCUGCUGCUCCUUGUGCUCAUCCCGGCAGGUGCCCUGGGGAGCUGGAUUAUCGGGGGGAAGGAAGUGAAGCCCCAUUCCCGGCCCUACAUCGCUUCCAUCCAGCUGGAUGGCCGACAUGUCUGCGGGGGAUUCCUGGUCUGGCGCAAGUGGGUGAUGACGGCGGCUCACUGUGUGAUUCCCAGACAUUCCCCCGCCGUGCGCGUCGUGCUGGGGGCUCACUCCCUGAAACACCAGGAGGCCUCUCAGCAGAUCUUCAGCAUCCGGGAAUCCGUCAUGCACCCGCACUUCAACGCCCGGACGGUCCACAAUGACAUCCGCAUGCUGGAACUGAACAAGUCGGCCACCUUUAACCAGUUUGUGAAGCGGAUCAGCCUCCCCCGACCCAACAUCGACCUCCCUCCUGGGGUCGUCUGCAGAGUGCUGGGCUGGGGUGACACCUCCAAUUUUGGCACCAUCCCCACCGAGCUCAGGGAGACCAAGACGACCAUCGUGGACAGGAAGAUCUGCAAUGCGCUGUGGGUGGGUCACGUCAACAAGGACAUGCUGUGCGCCGCCAGCCUUAACAGCACCCUCCAGGGGGUCUGCUCGGGGGACUCCGGGGGCCCCCUCAUCUGUGGGGGCAGAGUACACGGCAUAGUCUCCUUCUCCGGGCAGCGGUGUGGAAAUCGCAGGUACCCAGACAUCUACACUCGGAUUUCCAAGUACAUCUCCUGGGUCCACGACGUACUGAAGCGCUUUUAA